GCUUUCCCGCGGAAUUUGCGGUCAGCCGAAUGAAUGGAAACCGAAUAUACAGAGGACGGUUUGUUUGCGGAUAACGAUGACUCAGACGACAACAUCGAAAGGCCACCUAUGUUACCCGCUCUGUCGCCUGUCCACGAGCUAGACGACGCUCCCCAUACAGCCGACGGUUCUGCCGGUCAAGAGAAGGAAAACGAAGAACCCAAGAAGGAGGCAUCAGCAAAACUGCGUGUGCAAAAGCCAGUACCAAGGCUCAACGAUGACAGAUUGACAGAUGGGAAGAGAGGACUUGCCUAUUUGGUGAAGGAGUUUCCUAAAGUUAAGUUCAAAGGGAAAGGACAUGAGGCUUCUGAUGUCCGACGUCUAAUGAGAUGUUAUGAACACUGGGCUAAUCGGUUGUUUCCCAAGUAUCCCUUUGACAAGUUCCUUCUCACACUUGAUGGUCCACUGACGACUAAAGCUAAAGUGAAGUCAUGUAUGCAAAGACUUCGUCGUGGUGAGUAUGAAGAUGACCAUGAAGUUCACAGCGGAGACGAAAACCAAAACAAAGAUGCUCCUGGUGAUGGUGGCAAUCAAAAUACAGGUGACCCUAUGGACCAGAUGGCCGACUUUGGACAGGAAGUGAGAACAGCAGAUCUACCGUCGUCAGGUGACACAACCACGGCUGUUGUCACACGUAUUCCACUACCGGGCGACCAUCCUUCACCUUCACUGACCGAUGAUGCACUGGAACGAAUACGACAGAACCGGGAACGGGCACUGGCUCGAUUGGCAGCAAGACGUGCCACUCAAGAAACAUCGAAUGAGCGAAACGAUAGUCAAGCACAUGAUUGGACAACAGAAAGUAUACAAGCCAAAGAGACAGUUACGCAUACGGAUCUACAUCAAGAAGAGACAAACACAGAUACAGAUGUACAUCAAAGAGAGGCAAACGCAGUUACAGAUGUACGUCAAGAAGAGACAAACACAGAUACAGAUGUAGUACUUCAAGAGAUAGACACAGAUGUAGUACUUCAAGAGAAAGACACAGAUACAGAUGUAGUACUUGAAGAGACAGACACAGAUGUAGUACUUCAAGAGAAAGACACAGAUACAGAUGUAGUACUUGAAGAGACAGACACAGAUACCCGUCUACAUCAAGAAAAGGCAAACACAGAUACAUAUCUAUGUCAACGAGAUGCAAACACAGUUACAGAUGUACAUCAAGAAAAGACAAACACACUGACAGAUGCAGAUCAACAUCUUGAAGACAUGGACAUCGAUACUAACCAAGAAGACAUGGCAUCACGUAGUCAACAUGUCAGUCAAGAUAACAGAGCGGUAGACGAAUGCAACACAACAGAUAAGGAUGAGGAUGGUGAUCACGUGACAGAAGACAUGAUAUAG